UGCUCCCCUGUGAACGCAAGCGCCUAUUUCACACUGAGCCCAGCUGGACGCUCCCUCUAAAGCCGCGUUGUCCUUCAGUCGUUGUUCCAGAAGAUUUUUCGGAUGGUUUCACUGAGUAUCUUGACGCGACAUUUCUGGUGCUUUUUACACGGUGGAGGAGUUGGGAGUCGCGAAAGAGCGAGUCAUCCGCUUCACUUUCAUUCAAAUCCGUUCUAAAGCGCUCUCACAGAUAAACCUGGCAACCCAUUCGCGCUGCAAAUUCUCACUUUUGCGAGGACCCCAUCAACAUUUCCAUGUCCUUUUUGUUUAAUGCCGUGGCUAUACGCACUUUUUCACGUGUUCAAGUUCUGGCAUAUCUUACUUUUACUUUUCCUGUUGUCCUUGAAGGAAAAGAAGAUAAUAAGAGAGGCUGUGCGUAAGUGUGUUUGAUCUGACAACGCGUGAAAAUGCCUGUGCGUCGGGGACAUGUCGCUCUCCAAAACACCUAUCUGGACACCAUCAUCAGGAAAUUCGACGGACAAAAUCGUAAGUUCCUGAUAGCCAACGCUCAGAUGAAGAACUAUGGCAUUAUCUACUGCAAUGAGGGCUUCUGUCAGAUGUUCGGGUUCUCGAGGGCAGAGAUCAUGCAGCAGUCCUGCACCUGUCAGUUCUUAGUGGGGCCGGGCACUAUGAAGAGCGCACUGGCACAGCUGGCACAGGCUCUGCUCGGAUCAGAGGAGCGCAAAGUGGAGAUCCUGUACUACUCUAAGGAAGGGACAUGUAGACCUUGUUUGGUUGAUGUUGUUCCUGUAAAAAACGAGGAGGGAGUUGUUAUCAUGUUCAUCUUAAACUUCCAGGAGCUCUUAGACCCCUCCAUGAAGAAAGGUGGCAUCAAACAGCGAAUGACACACAGCUGGCUACAGGCAGGUCAAAGACGUAACAUGAGGUUGCGAAUGCCCUCUCUCCGUGUGAAACGGCAACCCUCCCUCCCGAAGGACCACUUUGAGGGAGUGGUUGUAGACUACCUACAGCCCUCUAAUGAGGAGUUUGCCUUGAAAGACAUGCAGAUGUCAUCCCAAGAAAGAUGCAUGAAGUCAGAGACCCAGGCCCUGAUUAAGCAGAACCCCUCCACAUGUGGCUUCUCCGGCCCAUUCUCACCGCCCUCAGACCGGCUAGAUCCCUGCGGACCCCCCCUCACCCACAGCCACUCCAGAGAGAGCCUGCGCCGCGCCUCCUCACUGCAUGAUAUCGACGGCAUGAGGGACCAGUGGAAUGAUCUGAAGCCCAGUAAUCUAAACUCCACUUCAGAUUCUGAUUUGAUGCGGCACCGCGCCAUUGGCCGGAUUCCGCAAGUGACGUUAUCAUUUGGCUCGGACCGGCUCAGACCCCCCUCGCCCACUGAAAUCGAGAUCAUUGCACCCAGCAAGAUUAAAGAUCGCACACAGAACGUCUCGGAAAAGGUCACUCAAGUCACACAGGUGCUGUCACUCGGGGCAGAUGUGCUUCCCGAAUACAAGCUCCAAGCUCCACGCAUCCACAAGUGGACCAUCCUUCAUUACAGCCCCUUCAAGGCAGUAUGGGACUGGAUCAUCCUACUCCUGGUGCUCUACACGGCCGUCUUCACUCCCUACACGGCUGCCUUCCUCCUCAACGAGCAGGAGGACGAGAGGAGGCGCACCUGCGGCUACACCUGCAACCCCCUCAAUGUUUUGGACCUGAUGGUGGAUAUCAUGUUCAUUAUUGACAUCCUAAUCAAUUUCAGGACCACGUAUGUCAAUCACAACGACGAGGUGGUGAGCAAUCCAGCUCGUAUUGCUCAGCACUACUUUAAAGGCUGGUUCCUCAUAGACAUUGUGGCUGCCAUUCCUUUUGACCUGCUCAUUUUCAGAUCAGGUUCAGAUGAGCCUCAAACCACCACUCUGAUUGGCCUUCUGAAGACCGCACGGCUGCUGCGAUUAGUGCGAGUGGCGAGGAAACUUGACCGCUACUCUGAGUACGGUGCAGCUGUGCUCUUUCUCCUCAUGUGCACCUUUGCACUUAUCGCCCACUGGCUGGCAUGCAUUUGGUACGCCAUUGGCAACGUGGAGCGCACCAGCUCUGCCCGCAUUGGGGGCAUGAAGAUCGGCUGGCUGGAUAACCUGGCCGACCAGAUCGGCAAGCAAUACAAUGACAGUGAUUUCUCCUCUGGCCCCUCCAUCAAGGAUAAAUAUGUAACUGCACUGUAUUUUACCUUCAGUAGCUUGACCAGUGUGGGAUUCGGAAACGUCUCUCCCAACACCAACCCUGAGAAGAUUUUCUCCAUUUGCGUCAUGCUCAUUGGCUCCCUGAUGUAUGCCAGUAUCUUUGGCAAUGUGUCUGCCAUAAUUCAGAGGUUGUAUUCAGGCACAGCUCGCUAUCACACUCAGAUGCUAAGAGUGAAGGAGUUCAUCAGGUUCCAUCAGAUCCCAGGAGGCCUCAGGCAGCGGCUGGAGGAGUACUUCCAGCAUGCCUGGUCCUAUACUAAUGGCAUUGACAUGAAUGCUGUGUUGAAGGGUUUUCCGGAGUGUCUACAGGCUGAUAUCUGCCUGCAUCUGAACCGCAGUCUGCUGCAGAACUGCAAGGCAUUCCGGGGGGCGAGCAAGGGAUGUCUGCGGGCUCUGGCCAUGCGUUUUAAGACUGCCCAUGCCCCGCCCGGUGACACUCUGGUGCACAGUGGAGACGUAUUGACUGCCCUGUAUUUUAUCUCCCGAGGCUCUAUCGAAAUCCUCAGGGAUGAUGUGGUCAUGGCCAUAUUAGGUAAGAAUGAUAUUUUUGGGGAGCCCAUCAGUCUGUAUGCCAGGCCUGGGAAAUCAAGUGCAGAUGUGAGGGCUCUGACUUACUGUGACCUGCAUAAGAUCCUGAGAGAUGACCUGCUGGAGGUGUUGGACAUGUACCCUGAUUUCUCAGACAUCUUCUGGAACAACUUGGAGAUCACAUUCAACCUUAGAGAUGCAGACAGAAUCAUGCAUCCAACUCCAAGCGAGGACUCAGACUGUGGGUACCGUCGGCCCAGACACCGAAGGAACCCUCUACAGCGCAAUCGACCUGAUGGGAUGGACCGAGAUGGGAUGGACACAUACCCAAUCCAGACCUGUUCCCCCAUCGGGAACCAUCGGGGGGCGAUGCCACUCACACAUUGGGAUGAGUUAUGCAGUAAUACCAGUGCUGCUUCCCUGUCCAGUGAGGGGGACCUAAAGCCCUUGGUACCUGGCCGAGGGAAGAUAUACUCUCCAGGGAUGGAGAUGCAAGAAUACACCCCUUCUGCUGUCAGCAUGGGAGGAUCACAGGACCCAGGGGCACAUUCAUACACAGCAGCUCCUCUCAAUGUGUAUGGGUUAUAUGGUUAUUUGCCCGAGCGCAGGGCCAGUCAGUACUCAGAGAGUCAGAGACGGCCCUCUGCAGUGCAGACUUGUUACCACCAUCACAGCCUCUGCACUGAGGACAGACCCAGCCAACUUCAGGCCCGUCUGGAACGACUGCAGUCCCAGCUCAAUAGACUGGAGACCAAGAUGACAGCUGAUAUAAAUGUGAUCCUGCGGUUGCUGCAGAGGCAGAUGGCACCAGUGCCCCCUGCCUACAGUGCAGUUUCCCCUGAACCGCUCAAAGCCCACCAAGUUCACCCCACCAGCUUGUACACUACAGCAGCUCACAACACCAUGCCCUCUGUACAGAUCACUGACAGUCCAUCAUCUCCUGGUAAGAGUCCUGACAUGGACAGCUUCAAAUACAAGUCACGGGACUCUCUGUCCAGUGGGAUACAUCUGACAAUAGCUUCAAAUGACACCAUGUCCAUGUCCCCGGAGACAGAGAUGGCUGAACCUACAGGACCAAGUCCCCCUCAAGAGCCUCGUCUAGAGCUUCCUGGACUGCUGUGUAGAAGCUCAAGAUACCCCUCACUCCCAGACAGUCUGGAGAGUCCAAACAUGCUGAAAGAGUCUCUAGAAAUCCAGAGGCACGUGUCUGAUCCAGUCUUACCUGGCAGCUAGAGGCUAAAAACAGACUUGGUCUGGAUGUUCUACUGUAUUUUGUUUUGUCCUAAAACCACAUUUUCAUGGUUUCCAUUUUUCAGACAGCUCAGUAUUGCACUUGAAAAGAACUAUGCUUGCUCGAACUGAAAAAAAAUAUAUUUAUGAUACUUGUGUUGACUUGGCAACAUUUGGGAGUUCAAUUGUUUAAAUGAAUCCAUAAUGGUUGUUGUACAUUUCUCUGUAUCUCUGUGGUAUUUUGUUUCAUAUCUCUUCUCAUUAAGAGCAGGAAUUUCCCUCUGAUGCAACAAAACUUGGCUUUUGAAUGACUGAAUAUGAACAGAAGUACAGUGGACAAAAAAAAGACAAGAUCCUUAGGUUAAAGAGAGAUGUAACUGCAUUAUGAUAUAUGUUCUGAGUGUCACCCUCCACCAUCAUGUUCUGCAAUGAUCAUUGUAAAUUAUUAUCUGGAAGUCAGGUUUGAGAUUUUAAGAUGUGAGAUAUGUCAGGUUUGAGAUUUGUUUUAGUUGUCUUUACGUAGUAAACCUCAUAAUUUCAUUUGUCGCCAAAAAUUCACAAGACAUUUCACAAAUAAUUUGGAGACAGAUAGAAACAUAUGUCUGAGCUGUUUAAUUAUAUUUAUAGUUUUUACUGAUACAACUUUUCCUUUUCAAUGUAUAGAUUUUUGAAUUAUAUACUUACUAUAUAUUUUUAUGUCAGGUUAGAUAUUUGACCCAAAUCUUUGGUAAUACUACAUCAGAUGACUAAAUGACUGGCACAAACAAAUUUACAUGUCUGUUUGGAUUAAUGGUAACCUAAUGAACAUACAUUCAGGGGUCAUGAAUAGAUAUUUCUCUGUUAAAGUGGUUAUUUUAACCUCUUUGUGAACUGAUCAGUAAGGUGUGUGUGUGUGUGUGUGUGUGUGUGUGUGAGAGAGAAUUUGAUCACUGUAUUUGAAAGACAAAGGAGUCAAGAUCCUCGAAAGGGUAUUCUCUUGAAUUAUUGAUGUUUUUAUUGCAGAAAGACAAGGACUGCUUUUGUAAAUCACUUGUUGAGAUGAAAUCAGUGUAAAGUUCAUUUUCAUCUGUGCAAUGUAAGCAGAUGAAUGUGUGUAAAAUCAUU